AUGGAGUGGUUGUCGGCCGCAGUGGAGGCCGUCUCUUCCCUCUGGGAGGAUCCGGCCCCUCCCCAAAAAGAUUUUCCACGAACGUUGGAAGGCUUCGAGAAGUUGCUGAGCCUGGUAGCGGACGGCCUGACCACGUCCCUACCGCAUCUGCCUUCGCAAGCAGAUGCCCUCGCGGAACAGAUCGAGCAUCUCGGCUUCGCGCUCUCCUACUCGGAGGAGAAGGGCACCGGCUUCUUCCGCGUCUUUCAAGAGCGGAAGGUCAUGGCCCUCCUCGUGCAGCACGGUCUCCUCGCGCAGCACACCCUCCGCCGGGUCAGGGCGGCUCUGUUCCGCACAGUGGCGAUGAUCCUGGUAAAUGUGAAGGACGAGUCGUUUCCGCACCUCCUCGAUCAGCUUAACCAGCUGGCACAGGGGCAGCACCGGCCUCGGCUGCGCUGGGUCUUUGGUGGAACGGCCGGUGGCGAUCGUUUCCCUGAUCCGGCCGAGGCCCGAGAUCCUGGACAAGUCUCAGGAUGUGCUCGCCAAGUUCCCAGGAUUCGGGAGAUCAUCAAAGCAGACCUGAUUUUUAGAGCCACUGAGGGCAACUACAUCGCUGCACUGAAGCGGAUGGCGCUCCGGCUCACCCCACAGCCAGACGCUCACAGGGCCGACCGCUUUGAUCGGAAUGCCGACCAGUUCCUGGACGUUCGGGUCCUCGGAGUGUCUCAAGACUUCGAGGGGCGUGACUUGCUUUCAAGCUUGCCGUCUGCAUCGCCGAGGCCACAGCUGGGGGCGAAGCUGCCCCUCAUGGAGGAGGCCGACAUCUCUGCUGCACGCUAUGUCUUCCACGGCUACGACAUGGCCCAGAUUGGAUCGAGAGUGGUCUGUCUCUGCCUCCUGAAAUCCAAGAAUCCUCGUGUGCAUGGUGCAGCCGUCGAGGUGUUGACCAGCAAAUUGCUGCCGGAGCUGGCCGAACGGCUGCAUUGCGCUUGGGCUCAAAUGGCAACGGCCAUGCAGCAGGACAACUCCAGUGCCCUGCAAGCCGCGCUGGCGAAGGAGAAGGAUGUGCUGGAUUUCAUUACCGACCUCGUGAGCCUUGGGCAGCCUGCGGUGACGCAGGCCGUGGCAGAGUUGAUCGUGUGCGGGCCUCUGCUCUCCCAGCUGCACGUGCUGGCAGCGCGGCACAGGUACGUGAACAGACCCAAGAGCAUCUGGGAGAUACUCAUGAUGGAUGUCGAGAACAACGGGCCCGUGCCAUCGCCGGAGUGUGUCGACGCCAUGCAGGCCGCCGAAGCGGAGAGGGCCUGUGCUGCCGAAGAGGAUCCACCGGACCAGCUUGCUGCCGUUCUGGCUGUCCGCUCGCUGGCCAAUUUCUUGCAGAGGAUGCAGACAGAGCGUUUGUCGGGAGUCGUGGUCCCGUUGAUUCAGCUGCUGCUGUGGCCAGCGGUGCCCGCAGCACUGGCAGAGAGCAAGGGGCCAGCGAACGCUGACAAGACAAGGGCAGCGGUUCAGGCUCUGGCCGAGCUGUGCACAGCCUGCGGAGUGGAGGAAGCGGCGCUCGCAACCUCUGAGGUGUCCGCACAGCAGCGCUCGUCGGAGAGGCAGAUCUGGCUUCGAGAUUGCACUGGCGCAGAUCUUUUGGGUAAGGAGAAGGGGAUCAGCAAUCCUUUCCGCGGGGCCGUGCAGGCCAUGCUCCACGACCAGAGCAUGAUGGGCGUCUCGGGCCUUGAGAAUGGCUUUGGACGGUGCUGCUGGGCGGGCAGCAACGACAGUAUGGUGCCGUGUGCUGCGGUGGCAUCUUAUUUGCUGCACCAGUGCCAAGACAUCCACCCGAUGCUGCUCGAGACUUCCGGGCUGUUGCCGAAGAAGGCGGCGGCUCCGGCGGUGCCGAAAACCGGCACCGCCGAGAAGAAGAGCAUCAAGCGCGAAGGUGGUCAGCCAAGGCAGCAAAACCAGACUUUCUGGCAGAUGCUGCGAUGCUUGUGA